AUGUUAAAGUUGGUUACUGUACUUUCAUUUGUGGCAUUGGUGUAUACAGCAUUACCACCACCACAUAGUAACCAUCCACACCAUCAUCAUGGUACCUCAAUCUGUGCUUUUAUAACUAAUGCCGACUGUUCUAUCUUUGCCACUCAUCAAGUAUGUGCUACUGAUGGUAAAACCUACAACAACCAAUGUGAGUUUUCUAAAGCUCAUUGUUCCAACAUAGAUUUACAUGCAUCUCAUAAUGGUACUUGUGACCCAACUGAACAAAAGCCAGACCCUAAUGUACAUGGUAAUGAAUUAGUCUACAGUUUCUUCUGUGCCAACCUACAGCAUUCACAUUGUGGUAAUGAUAUGGAGAUAGUUUGUGGUACAGACAUGAACACGUAUGAUAACUUAUUUAUACAACAUGAACAAUUCAUCUACAAGUCACGAUCAUUUGGAUCUGAGAAUGGUAUGUUAAAAAUAAAACAAAAGAAUGAUAAUGUUAUAAUAUAUGACCUAAAUGGUAUGUUUAGAAUAAAACUAAAGAAUGAUAAUGUUAUAAUAUAUGAUCAGAAUGGUAUGUUAAGAAUAAAACUAAAGAAUGAUAAUGUUAUAAUAUAUGAUCAGAAUGGUAUGUUAAGAAUAAAACAAAAGAAGAAUAAUGUAAUAAUAUAUGACCAGAACGGUAUGUUAAGAAUAAAACUAAAGAAUGAUAAUGUUAUAAUAUAUGACCAGAAUGGUAUGUUAAGAAAAAAACUAAAGAAAGAUAAUGUUAUAAUAUAUGACCAGAACGGUAUGUUAAGAAUAAAACUAAAGAAAGAUAAUAUUAUAAUAUAUGACCAGAAUGGUAUGUUAAGAAAAAAACUAAAGAAAGAUAAUAUUAUAAUAUAUGACCAGAACGGUAUGUUAAGAAUAAAACUAAAGAAUGAUAAUGUUAUAAUAUAUGACCAGAAUGGUAUGUUAAGAAUAAAACUAAAGAAUGAUAAUGUUAUAAUAUAUGACCUAAAUGGUAUGUUAAGAAUAAAACUAAAGAAUGAUAAUGUUAUAAUAUAUGACCUAAAUGGUAUGUUAAGAAUAAGACAAAAGAAUGAUAAUGUUAUAAUAUAUGACCAGAAUGGUAUGUUAAGAAUAAAACAAAAGAAUGAUAAUGUUAUAAUAUAUGACCUAAAUGGUAUGUUAAGAAAAAAACUAAAGAAAGAUAAUAUAAUAUAUGACCAGAACGGUAUGUUAAGAAUAAAACUAAAGAAAGAUAAUGUUAUAAUAUAUGACCAGAACGGUAUGUUAAGAAUAAAACUAAAGAAUGAUAAUAUUAUAAUAUAUGACCAGAAUGGUAUGUUAAGAAAAAAACUAAAGAAAGAUAAUAUUAUAAUAUAUGACCAGAACGGUAUGUUAAGAAUAAAACUAAAGAAAGAUAAUAUUAUAAUAUAUGACCAGAAUGGUAUGUUAAGAAAAAAACUAAAGAAAGAUAAUAUUAUAAUAUAUGACCAGAACGGUAUGUUAAGAAUAAAACUAAAGAAAGAUAAUAUUAUAAUAUAUGACCAGAAUGGUAUGUUAAGAAAAAAACUAAAGAAAGAUAAUAUUAUAAUAUAUGACCAGAACGGUAUGUUAAGAAUAAAACUAAAGAAUGAUAAUGUUAUAAUAUAUGACCAGAAUGGUAUGUUAAGAAUAAAACUAAAGAAUGAUAAUCUUAUAAUAUAUGACCAGAAUGGUAUGUUAAGAAUAAAACUAAAGAAUGAUAAUGUUAUAAUAUAUGACCUAAAUGUUAUGUUAAGAAUAAAACUAAAGCAUGAUAAUGUUAUAAUAUAUGACCAGAACGGUAUGUUAAGAAUAAAACUAAAGAAUGAUAAUGUUAUAAUAUAUGACCAGAAUGGUUUGUUAAGAGUAAAACUAAAGAAAGAUAAUGUUAUAAUAUAUGACCAGAACGGUAUGUUAAGAAUAAAACUAAAGAAUGAUAAUGUUAUAAUAUAUGACCAGAAUGGUAUGUUAAGAAUAUGUAUCAGUAGGUGGUGUGAUGUGUCGCAAAGAUUAGAAUUUUACAAAAUCAAACGUCAAUCUGUAUAUUCUACCUUCCUUCAGAGGGGAUCAAAUCUAGACUAG